AGGCUUUCAGAAAAGGUAUGGUAGCCUUUGCCACUUUUUCAGUAACGACCAACCCCUCUGGCUCACAGACUAUAUGGAGGUUGUUGAUUAGAUAAAUGAACAUUAGAAUUUCCCUUGACCUGUUUGUUAACCUACGAUUUAGCUAAAGAGCAGUGCUUAGUUAAAUGAAAAUGUUUGGGUUUUUUUUUUAAAUAAAUAUCAGUUUGACAAAUUUCAACAGACCAGUGUUAAUGUUGUGCAAGCUAGAUUAUAAUGAAUGAGUAGGUGACAUAUCCCAACUGCAGAGCACCCGAUUGCUUCCAUGAUCGGUGUAAAUGGCAUUAUGACAUCAUAAGAGAAUGCACAGUUGAAAUUCAGCUACCAUCCAACUGUAGCCUCUUGCUGGGUAGCCUACUGAAAAUGUAAUAGGCUAUCAAACCCAUAGACAGUCUAUGAUCAAACCAGAGAGGGUUAAAGCGGAUAGUAAUGAAGGAUCUUUGAUCAAACAUUUGAAUUGAUGAACCUGUAAAGUCUGAACCAGUAAUACUCUAUCCCUGACUAAAAGGUCAGUUUUCAGUAACCACGCAUAGGCCAAACUAAUUAAAAUAAUAAACUGAUAAUUAAGCUUUAUGCUGUCUUGUGUUGUCAUAAUGAGUUGACAUCAUCACUGACAUCAUAGACACAGUCUCAAAAUCAGACAGGCUGUAUAGCACACUGUUGUGCAGUUAAGUGCUUCAGUUACACUGGUUCAUUGAUUGCUACAACAUAGAAAACUGUUGAAGUGUGUCAAAUUUGAUUGCCACCACAUAGAAUAUUCUGUUACAGCAAUAUUGCAGAGAAGCUCAUUGCAUACCCUAGGACUUGAUCAUUUGCACCGAUUGGACAUUUUAAGUGGGAGGGAUUUGCCUCCAAAUUCCAUGCAGAAACGGAUAACAGGCCCUCAUUGGGCCAAAUCAACAGUCGUUAAGAGAGAAAGCUCACAAGGAGAAGCCAACAACCACGGAAAUCGGGGUACAGUAAUGUAUGCUGAAGAGAAGAUUGAGGUCGGUUACUCCUCUGAUGUGGAUGUCCAUGUGAAAGGCCGCUUUGUGGAUCUGUGGCGCCAAAAGGACCACCUAAUAAAAAAGAAUGCCAUCCUCAAACAGUCCCUGAAUACCUGUGAAGAUGCCAAUGCUGAACUUGAUGAUGAGAACUCUGCCAUAAGAAAACAGAUCAAAAGUAUGGAGCAUUCGGUCAGGGGUUUGAGCCAGGUGAGGGCAGAAAUGGACAGCAUUCGCGCAGCGCUAGCUGAGAAAGAGAUGACCAACUGUGGUCUUAAAGUCUGGAUUAGUAAACUGCAAAAGAAGAAUGAAGCUCUGAAGGACCACCUUGAAACCUGCACCAAUGAGAGAUCUGAUAACUUAUUGGCCAAGGAAAUGGACAAACAACAACAAAAAAAUCUGACUCUACAUGUUCUGGCAUUGCAGCAACAACUUGAGCUGACAAGGAUGAAGAUCGCUGAAAAAGAUGAGAUUAUGUUGAAUAAAGAUUUUAUGACUGAUCAGAAGAAGGCCUCCAUUGACGAGAUGAUCAGUAUUGGACAGGACCUGAAAAAGAAGGCUACGGACCUGAAGAGACAGUUGGAAAUGGUAGAACAUGGUGCGGCAUCUGGACAGGAAAGUUCCUUGACCUCUGAUGGACAUCACACUGGAGCCACCAGGAACCAUUUGUCUCUGGCACAGGAGUUCAGCCUGUCUGGAUUUCAGGAGUCAUUUGACGAGGAGGUGAAGGCCACUGAGACGGUCAGCCUUCAGAGAGAGACCACUGACCGAACAGAGGAUGGAGUCAAGGAGCUGAAAGAAGAGAGUGGAGUGAUUAUUCUGAAGAUGGCAGCACGUGAUCUGACUGAGGUCUCUGCAUCUGAGAACAGUACUCACUGGCUGAACAAGGCCUGGACCAGCUGCAAAAGAGGGGCCCUGCUCGGGGUUAGUUUUGGCCUGGGCACCGUGCUGCCCUUCUGCCUGUUGGGGGUCGCUAUGACGUCUUGCUCCAACUUCACGUCGACUGAUACUCACCAAGACAUCCUGCAGCAAGGCGCAUUUCUGCCGCCAUUUUAACUUCUUCAAGAGGCUGGAGAAAAACUUCAUUAGAAUUGUUGACACUGUGGUGCUAGCUAUGCAGAUGCACAACUGGAAUUCACAGCUUGUCCCAACAGGAUGAAGGACCAUUAUUGCACAUUACCCAAACAUUGAGGCCUAUUCUUGCAUGUUCAUACAUUUUUAUUGAAAUAAACAUGACUGAAAGUGUCUGUUACAUUCUGCAAAUGAUUUUCACAGAUUGUUUUGGUGUGGUUUGGGGUGGAUGGUUGAUUCAUAGAUGGCAGAUUGUUGGCACAAAUCGGUUUAUGCCAACAAUCUGCCGUCUACGAAUUUAGGUCUUUUAGGUAAGAGAAUUGUCCGAUCUGCCGGCGAU